AUGGAUCUGAGGGCGAUGCUGAAUGAGUCUCAGCCGGCGCAGCGACAAGACCUUCAAGGGCCACCGCACCCUCCGCCUCGACUUCACACCCAUCAAUCAUCCUAUGACCGCACCCCGUCGUACGAGUCACAUCCUCCUCUCGAGCGCCCGCCGUUGCUGUCAGCCUCUUCAUCCUCGUCAUAUCACCACCACCACCAGCCGCCGCCGUCCAACGACUUCCGCUCCUCUGCCAAUGGCUCCUAUUUCGCCGUGCAGUCACCGCACCAACACCAGAAUUCCGCGUCUGCGUCUGCGUCCACCCCCAGCUACGCGCAGAGUCCGGGACCAUAUGCUCAGAUCCAUACGCCGCGUGAAGGAGUAGCGUCUGCACAUCCAUACCAGUCUCCCUUUGUCCCUUCGCCCUCCCCGUCGGCGCAAUACCCUCCGACACCCGGCUCCGUCCACCACUAUCCCAACACUGCCACGCCUUCCACUGCGACCACCUAUCAAUACCCUACGGCUCAUCCGUCACUGACUGGACAGUCACCCACACUGAGAGAAGAGCACAUUUCCGCAAACGGCAAUUCGCAUGCGCGCCAGCGGAACAUUUCACCUCAGGCUCAGUUCCACCCUCCUCCAGCGACGCCCCUGGGCCCACCCGUGUCCUACCCACGACCUUCGCCACACCCUCAUCGACCGACCUCCCAUGGCCACGAGAGCGUGAGAAGAUCAUCCGUGGGCUCGGUUGGCUCGGUACAAAGCAGGGAUUACAACCAAGGGCCGUCCGAUCAUUCGAGAACUGGGAGUGGCAGCAUACAAAGAACGUAUUCGGGGGACGUGCGUGAACGCGAACGGAGCAUUGAGAGUGUCAGUCCGAAGACGAUCCCUAAGCCUCCUCCAGUCCGGCGGCAGAGCGUGAGCCGGUUCCAGGACCUCAUGUCCGAUCAGCACGCCGGGCCUCUGGGUCCCCCCGCCUCCAGUUCCAACUCUUCCGUCGCGCAACCUCACACCACGCCGGAUCGGAUUUUGGACUAUCAGCACUACGACACCACUCCCAAGUCAUCGUCGACGUCGAUUGAUCAGAGGCCCGUCGCCCAGUAUCACAAUUCCGAGCCGAGCCCGGCUCCGGCUGCUCCAAGCCAUUACAACUUAACACCCCAGCAAGCACAUGCCCCCCUACCCCCACAACAGCAAAGCCCCGCGGCCAAAGUACUUUCACAAUUUCCACUCAAGCGAUCCGCAAGCAAUAUCUCCGACAUCACGACGGCUCCAUUACCACCGAGAAAACGCCCGCGCCGGGACGACAUCCCCGUCUGGGCGCGCAGCGCACGCAAACAGCCGUUGGUUUUCAUCAAGGCGCGACCUCCGAGCCCUGCGCCUCCACCAGUCCCCCCACCUUCGUCCACAAACGAUGUGGUCGUGAAGAAGGACUCUGUGGGCUCCCAGAUGGCGAAUGGACAGGAGCAACCACCUGCAAUGACACCGCCCACUGAGAUUCCCUGGGAGCCGUCGAUCGUAAAUGAGCCAGCCUUUGAUGACGUUGUUCGGCGUGUCUGUGAUUGGAUCUUUUUCACCAUUGGCAAUAAGCAUCCGCCUGCUGGAGGAGCUGUAUUUGAGAUUGAAGCCAAGGUUGGCAUGAUUUUCGAUGAGGGGACCGGCGAUCGACUCAGUUUGCCCGUGGAGACAGAGACGGUCUUCGACCGUAAGAGCUACAGAGGCCGGACGAGCUUCAAGAGUUCCAUGGACGUGGCUCAGCACAAGGCCCUGAACGGAUUCUUGAACAAGCUUGUCCAAGACUCAGUGCGAGAAGCUCAAGAAACAGGGCGACCACCGCGAAUCGGUUACGAUCAUCCGCAUGAAUACGACGCAUUCUACGAACUGACCCUGGAAGGCCAGAAUCAUCUCCCACCGGCCAUCAUGACUUAUAUCAAUCACAACCACAAACCACGAGUGCGGAGAACGAUCGAUGAAAAGACCAACAUGGUCAAAGCGCAGAUCAUCAAGUCGCGGAUUGCGGAUCUGGAGGUUUACAAUCCGCGGACAGCCUUUGAUUACCGCAUUUCAAUCUCGAUUGAAAGUCCAUGGGAGGGCGAUCCGAACUGGCUUGCAGAGACGACGGAGAGCCGACGAGACCGCCAGAAGGACCGGAUGAGUUACCGACACUUGGCCUAUCAGAUUGACCUGACCCAAGUCAGUUAUCCCAACUCGGUCGAAAAAGAGCACGAACUAGAGGUGGAAAUCAGCACGGAGCAGAUACGACUGGAGUUGGCCAAAGCAAAAGCAGGCCAUGCCAAUCGCUACGAACCACUCGUCCGAGGAUUCGUGGAUAAUGUGAGGAUAUUGAGUCGGCUUUUUCCUUGCUAG